AUGAUUGAUUCUGAUUCAAAUGAUGAUAACGGCAAAAAUGAAUUGAAUGAAUUAGCAGGGAAUAAACGAACGAACAAAUUAAGACGUGCUAAUUCAGUUGAUUCAAUAGCACCUCAAGCAGCAAGACCAAUAUCACCUGUAAAAACAUCAUUUGAUGCAAAAACGAUUCAAGAUCUUUUGGUUUCUUCUGCUCUAAACGUUGCAAAUUCACCUAAAAUGUCGUCAGAUUCUUUACACCCUCCUUUAAAUAUAAAAUUACUUGGUGAUAAUUUUAGAAAAUUUGUUCAAAAAUGUGGAUUCAUAUUCGCUCUUCAAGGAUUUGUAGAGGAUAUAUUUUUGUGGAAAAAUCCAUCAGACACAUUAUUGGCCAUG